AUGGCAGAAUUUCUAAAACGAAAGGAACUAAGACAAUGUAAAAAUGUUGAUGAAGUGCCAGUCGACGACGAUGACGCAGCUUCAGAUUCGUCAAGUCGCCUUAGAGAUGUUGGCUGCCAAACCAUAGAAUCCAAUCUGGCUCAGAAAUUAGCUGAUAGUACUAAAUUAACGGUACUAUAUCCGAAAAAGGAGUCUGAGGAUAAUGCAAGUAAAGAAAAUGCUUGUGGUGAUUCACCUACCAAUAGAAUUGCCUCACCAAUCCAAAGAAAUUCUAGCAGAGCUGGGGAUGAUAUGUUAGAAAUGGAUAAAACUCACAGUCGUCUAAAUGCUAUUCUGGAAAGAAAAGGGAAAGACCCAUAUUUACCUACAGGUUACCAGAAGGGUGUUGUACCGAAAUAUUUAAGAGAACGCAAGGAACAAGGGCCAAAGGAGAUGGAAGGGGCUAAGGCUGAUGAUGCAGCAUGCCCGCCUGGCCAUGUCCCUCUACCAGAUACUGAGAGGAAGGAGACAUUGCGGAUGCUGAGAAAUAGUUUUGCAGAACUUGUUAGCGAGCUUAACAAAAUGCCUGUAAAGACAGACACACUGAGAAUGAAAAACAGAAAAAUGGAGCUGGAAAAGCAACUAGCGAAAUUGGAAGAGGGCAUCAAAGUAUUUUCCAGACCAAAGGUUUUCGUCAAAAUAGGAGAA